GAGGCAGCUUGGGGAAUGCAUAUAAGUAUAAGAGUGGGCGCCGCGUAGACUGAGGUUACAUUUUGGUGAGAUUCGUGCGUCGAAGCGAUACUCUCCUAUAUACGGUAUAAAUAUACAGUGAAUGCCAUUUGUAAUUGCAUCAGUGUGUUUAAUUUGUACCAGGGCAUAAGCCGUAAGCCAGUGUUAGAAAAUAUAUCGUUGGUAUAAAAGGAAACAAGAAAAUAUGUCUCGAAAAGCACCCACGAUGUUAACCGACAUGGAUGAAUUGCCCUUCAUUAAACUGGGGGACUUCACUUUGGAGUUCGAACUUGGACCACCUAGUGAAGAGUUACAGGAAGUCGCCAGAAGGGAGCUCAGAGAGACGCCAGAAGUGCAAAAGGAAGCAAUACAGCGAUUAAGAGAAUUGCUUAAAGCUGAACCCGAUCUCCACUGCCCACUGGAUAAUGAUACCUGGCUCAUCAGGUUCCUGAGGCCCUGCAAAUAUUACCCGGAGUCAGCACUAAAACUGAUCAAGAAUUACUACAGUUUUAAACAAAAACACGCUAAUGUCUACGAAGGUCUAAAACCAAGUCGUGAAAAGAACAUUUUUGAGCAGAAUAUCCUGCAAGUGUUACCAAACAGGGAUCAACAUGGUCGUCGUAUUCUGAUAAUAGAAUUAGGCAAAAAGUGGAAGCACAAUAAAUGCAGUCUUGACGAAGUAUUCAAGGGAUGUGUUCUCUACCUAGAGGCUGCCACCUUAGAACCAUCAUCACAAAUAGCUGGUGCAGUCGUCAUAUUCGAUAUGGAUGGCCUCUCCCUGCAGCAGACGUGGCAGUUCACACCGCCUUUCGCCAAGAGGAUAGUCGACUGGCUUCAGGACAGUGUGCCGUUGAGAAUAAAAAAUAUUCAUAUUGUAAACCAGCCCUUUGUGUUUAACAUGGUGUUUGCGCUAUUCAAGCCAUUCCUUCGUGAGAAGCUAAAGAGCAGAAUCAUCUUCCACGGUACAGACCGUAAAUCGUUGCAUCAGUAUAUGUCGCCAAAAUGUCUUCCGGAAUGCUACGGCGGAACCCUUCAGAUCCCGAGGGUAACAGGACCUCAGUGGUUGGAGCUUCUGCUUAUGUGCGACAAGGAAUACGAUGCUAUCAACUCCUACGGUUACAAGAAGAAAUAAAUGUACGUGAUGGCUACCACUGCUACAGGGAUACCUGUGAGAAUGACAUAAGUUCGUUUUUUUUGUAUUUUUUUUCUCCAUGGACAAUCGUAGCUAUGACUAUUUGUUUUUAUUUGUAACGAUGUUUAUGUAGGGGACCGAAUCUAAUGUAUUUUAAUUUACCUAUUUAUAUUAUUUCUGAUUGAUACCUUUCAUCGAAAGGUAUGCUUUUAUCAUA